AUGGCUGCUCCCCGCAAGUCUGAGGAUGUUGACAAGGCAGGCAACACCAAGGCUGCCAAAGCCGGUACUCCUUUCCCCAAAAUGGCUGGCACCACAAAGACGGUGGCCUCGUGUAUGGAGUUUGCGAGGGACAUCCGUACCGCCGAUGGCCUGCUCACGUUCCGGCCGGCUUUUAGUCACGUCAACUUCAGUAUCUCGCCCGGUGGGCGCCUCCACCCCCUCAUGUCUUUCCCUUCGGCGAACGAGUUCAAGAAAAAGACCAAUGCGGCUCUUGUUCGACGGGAUGAUGAUGACGAUGAUGAUGAUGAGGCUGACGGGGGAAAGGAGGAUGAGACUGUCAUCAGGCCUUCGGCAGCAGCUGGCAACAAGAAAACGGCCACGGCGCCAACAAAGAGACAUCGACAGGAUAUCAACAACGAGAAUGACGGAGAUUGCGGCGAUGUCGCCAGGCAUCUGGCCAAGAAACCCUGUGGGAACAUAGGAAGACCCAGCUCUUAA